AUGGCUGAGCCACAGGGACGGGAGCUGGCAGCUGAGUGUCCUGUCUGCUGGAACCCCUUCAACAACACAUUCCACACCCCCAAACUGCUGGACUGUUGCCACUCCUUCUGUGUGGAAUGCCUGGCCCACCUCAGCCUUGUGACUCCAGCCCGGCGUCGCUUGCUAUGUCCACUCUGUCGCCAGCCUACCGUGCUGGCCUCGGGGCAGCCUGUUACUGACUUGCCCACCAACACUGCUAUGCUGACCCUGCUCUGCCUGGAGCCACACCACAUCCUGGAAGGCCGUCAGCUGUGUCUCAAGGACCAGCCCAAGAGCCGUUACUUCCUGCACCAGCCUCGGGUCUACAUGCUGGACCUAGGCCCGGGGCCUGGGAGCCAGACUGGGCCCCUCCAGAACAUGGCCCCUGCCACCAGGCCUCUGCCCACCCCCACCCCCACCCCCACUCCCAGCCACUACUCUCUGAGGGAGUGUUUCCGAAACCCUCAGUUCCGGAUCUUUGCCUACCUAAUGGCUGUCAUCCUUAGUGUCACUCUGUUGCUCAUCUUCUCCAUCUUUUGGACCAAACAGUUCCUGUGGGGUGUGGGGUGAGUGCUCUCCCUGGACAAGGAGCCAAGUCUUUCCCAGUUGCUGCUGGGGAUGGGGACUGCAGAGCCUCACUUGGUGAUGUCUUCCUUGUAGUACUGCUCAUACAAGCCAGGGAUCAGGCUGUGUGUUUGAUUCUUUCCAGGAACAGAGAGGGCCCUGCUAUAAUGACAGGGAAAGAAAACAGAAGGGCUGGGAGACCUCCAAGUGUGAACCACAGAAUCGCAGAGGGCAGAGAAGGGGUUCUACGGCUGCAGAGUCACACAGCAAGUUGUGCCAAAGGGCAGGAUGGUGGUGUCCAGGAACCUGACUAGUUCAAAUAGCAAGUUCAUUUCUCAUCGGCUGCUUCAGACUCAGUUCACAUUUUGUUGAAUUGCUCUUUUCAUCAUGUGUUGCUUAAAAAUUUUGAAAAGUGAGU